UGGCUCUAAUUUUCUAUUGAUCUGUCUAUUGUUUUAAUUUUUCAAAUAAAGACUCUAUGGCCAAAGAGCCAAGGACAGGGAAAAGAAUAUGGCGGCUGUCGUUACAACAGCCGAUAUGAUGAUUCAAAAGAAUUCCCAGAUUUUAGUAAAUGUUGAGGAAGCACUGGCCGAUUUACUAGUUGUGUCGUAUUGUACUGAAGAUAAAAAAUUUCAGGGUGUGCUUUUGGACUCCAGUAAAGGUAAUUUGCCUUUUGGCGUGUAUAGCCUACAUCCAGCUUUUAAUAAAGAGACUGAAUCCGCCGAUAAAAAGGAUGAUAAAUUGCAUUCCGUUAGUCAAAGGUUUACUUACCAAGAGCCUCAAUACGCAGACGAGGAUGGACAAAAGUCAAAAAAACUCGGCACCAAGGGUAAGCCUCAGCCUAGACAAAAGAUGACAGUGAGAUUAAGGCCUAGAAAGGUAUUGUGUUCAAACUGCCAAGGGAUAUGUAACGAAAAUAAUGAAAAUGUGGACGUGUCUAAAAAACGGAAACUGUAUAGCAAUGACGACAUUACUCAAGGUGGCUCCGCGCCACAGAAGGUCGAGAAAAAAUAUUUGAUGAGCAGCAUGCUGAUUCCUAAACUAACGAGGCUUGAGGAAAGUGACCUAAGUGCUUUCAAAAUUAGUGAGAAAAAAAUAAAAAGUGUUAAAAGUGAAAAAUCGGAAGAGACUGAAACUCCCGAGCUGGCAUUUGUUAGUGUUUCUGACCACGACAAUGUAUGUGAGGAAAGUGAAUCGAAGGACAAUGACGCAUCAUUUAACUCAUUGUUUUCUAACGCGAGAACUUUAAAAAUUUGCUUCGGCGAGGGCGAGGGUACUGUGGUGAAAAUUCCUCCACUCACCGGAGAUUACAAUGAAGAUUCAGGGGUAUCCUGUGAUAUGGGAAAGUCUGAUUCGAAAGCUGUCAAAAAAGCUUUAAAGAAAGCCAAAAGACAGGCUAAGAAGACAAACACAUCAGAUAAAGAUGAAGAAAGGAACACAACUUCACCUAAACACAUCGGUGCAUUGUCACCCCACAAUAACAUGUCUGAUAACCCAAUAACUGAUCCAUUAGAAAAGAAACAUAAACACAAGAAAAAACGUAAAGUAACAAAGAAACGAGAUGAAAAUAGUAGUAAAAGUGACGACAGUAUUGAUUAUUUUAGUAAUAUUAAAGAGCAUUGUCUAAAACAGAAACUGUCCAUUAGUCUGCGGAGAUUAAGCAGCAAUUCCUAUGAGAAACGAACUGAGCAAGAGACUGAUUCUGAGGAUUUGGAGAAUGAAACGGUGCCAGAUUUCCCAGCAAACUCUGUAGAAGGUAUUGGAGGGAAGUUAAUAAGGGUGUCCCCAGGUGAUAUAGUUUGGGGGAAGGUUGUUGGGUUUCCAUGGUGGCCGGGCCGGGUGCUAAGCGUCACACCAACUUCUAAAGCUCAUGUUUCUUGGUUUGCAUCAAACACAUCAUCUGUGAUGCCAUGUGACAGCUUAUGUCCAUUUUUAGAAGAUUAUAAGAUAAGAUUUAAUAAAAAGAAAAAAGGUGCAUACAAAGAGGCAGUAAAAGAAGCAACCAUAGAAGCAAGGAGAAUAGAAUCUCACAUGGAUCCGCUGGCCAGCCCCACUCAUGUGAACCUGGCCACCGUCUCCCCGCGACCUAUUGAUGUGUUCUCAUAAUUGUGAUUAUAUUAAUAUUUGUAUCCGAAUUUAAAAUUGAUGUGAUAAUUCUGUAAGUAUUGCACAAGUUCAUUGUUCAGGUAGGUACUAGUAUAAUUUAGUUAACUGUGUGGUCUUAUAGGCAUGGGCAACUUGACUUAAAUUGGUGAUCUGUAGAUCAGCUCACAGCUCAUAUGUGUCGCUGAUCAGUGAUUCAACAUGCAGAUCAAUUUAAAGCUGUGAUCUGAUAGUCGUCUAGUAGCUUUCAUACUUAUAGGUGUAUUGAGCCAUAAGCCAUGCUAAUUUAUUUGCUGAGCUACAGCUCAAUGGUUCACUAAUGUCCUGAACUAUUGAACCAUUACAGACAUGAUUUGUCUACUAAUUAGUGCUAAUCUAUGCUCCAAUUAUCAAGUUUGCAAUGUCUUAGUCUAUGGAUGGAUUGGAUUUCUUUGACCACACAAGUGUAAAUAAGGUUUUCUGCAAACAGUUUGAUAUGAAAUUCUAGUUACAUCACUUAGUAAAAUUAGGACGAGAAGGGAAAGUGACAGAAGAGUAUGGAUAGGAAAGAGAAAUAUUGUCUUUCCUGCAGAUCCUUCUAGGUAUUAUAACAGUAGGCAACAAAAAGUGGGAAAUCCCUAAUCUUAUAAAAGAAAUUAUGCUUCAUUUUUUGCAAAAUCUUUUUUACAAUUUCUUUGAAUAUUCAAGGUGUGUUUCAUUGAUUUUGAAAACCUUGCAAUUUAAUAUUUGCAGAAAAAU